AUGGCCUCACCGACUUUGAAUAUUGGAGAAUUACAAGACGUGGAGUUGAAUACGUUUCACACGGGGACAGACUUACACACAGCCGCGGUAAAUGGCGAUAAACUAACUAUUGAAAAAAUUUUAAAGCAAGAUGGUGAUAUUGACACGCUCAACAAAGGGGAUAAAUACGGUCGAACAGCCUUGGUUUAUACAGUCUCUGGGGAUUGGUACGAAUGCGCAGAAAUCUUAGUUGCUCAUGGAGCGAGUUUGUUACAGACUGACUGUGAUAAACGCAAUGUACUACAUUGGGCUGCCUAUUUAGAUCGGCCGAAGUUCAUAAAAUUGUUCCUGGAACAUUUGGGUUCAAAUUUGGAAUUUAAUUUUGGCGAUAAAGACGGCAGAACAGCAUUCCAUUAUGCCGCUGCGCUACCAAAUUCCAAAUGCCUGCGUUUGUUAUUGAAACGUUCAACGUUGAACAAAAGGAAUCUAAAUACGACGGAUAAUGAAAAAAUGACGGCAUUACACUGGAGUGUAUUUUAUAACCGUUUGGAGAACUUUAAAAUUCUCCUACGCGAGGGCGCAGAAACGACUAAACGCGACGGGAAAGGACGGUGUUUACUACACAUGGCGGUGCUAAAUCCUAGCGCAGACUCUGUACGAAUCGUGCGCAUUUUGUUAAAACAUAAUCGGCAUUUUUCGAUUCAAUUUGAUUGCGAGAAACAUACGUCACUUCAUCUGGCCGUUGCCAGUGGCAACCAGGAGUUAGUGCGCGAAUUAUGUUUGGCAGAGGAGUCUGCGUUAAAUUGUCUUGAUCAUCUAUCUCGUGGUGUUUUACACUAUGCCGUCCUAAAUAAUGACAUUGAGAUUAUUGAUAUUCUAAUAUCUGCUGGAGUAUCACCCCACCAUGUAGAUAGUACAGGAGCGAGUGUUUUACAUUACGCGGCUAAAAAUAACAAUGCGCAAAUUGUGAAACGUUUCCUGGAACGUUUUAAAAACUUUGAAGACACUAGCGAUAAUCAAGGACGGACUGCACUCAUGUGGGCUGCAAGCGAAGGUUCCUACGAUGUCCUCAAUUUAAUGUUAAAAAAUUUGAGCCAUUUUAAUAUUCACGCGAGUGACGAACAGGGCAUGACAGCAUUACAUGUUGCAUGCUUUGCCGGCCAUGAAGAAUGUGUAAAAAAACUAAUCGCAAACUCAGCCGAUAUUACCCAGCCGGAUAAGCUCGGUCAGACAGCGUUAUUCAAGGCCUGUGCGCAAGGUCACCACAAAAUUAUUGGUAUUUUAAUGGAUAGAAAAGGAUCCCAUGGGAAUACAAUGGGGCCAUAUUUGUCUUCUAUCCAAGAAGAAUCAGUUGUAUCCCAAGAUACCCUAAAAAACUCUGAAUGGUCGCACGAGCCAACUGAAUAUUUGAUUAAUGGGGCUGAAUGCAAAAAAGAUGAGAGGGAGAAUUUAGUUUCCAUAGACAAGGGGGCUUUUCCCGGGAAUUGUACAUCUGACAGUUUAAAACCUGAGAAGAAAAAUCGUCCUCUUAUGAAAUACCGGAUCAAUGAAAAACACCCUCGGGUAAUUUGUCUGACUGUUCAUCCGAAAGAUUGCCAGGUAUUCAUGAGUUAG